GGCGUCGGACUGACGUCUGGCCAAUCGCGCGGCCCACCGCGAGUGCAGCUGGUUGCCCCUGGAAACCCAACAACCAGCCGUCAGCAGAGCCAGUGAGAGAUGGACGAUCCCCCCGAGCCCACUGGGGCCUCUGAGCCGAAAGACGGAGAUGUGGUGAGCCUAGCCUCGCGGCUGUCCGGGAUCAAGGUCAGCUCUGGCCCCCAGUCCCCGGCCGAGCCAGGGGAGCCGGAGCCAGAAGCCGUAGAGACCUCGGAGGGAGGCGUCGCUGCUGCCGAGCCCCCCGAGCUGGCUGAGCCUCCCGAGCCGGCUGAGCUCGCUGAGCCCGCCACGCUUCCCGUACUUCCCGAGCUCCCCGAGCCAGCCGAGUCGGACGAGCCUGCGGACCUCGCCAAGCUCCCGGAAGGGCCGGUGGCCACCGAGGCUGAGGGCGAGGAGGGGUCCGGAGAGCAGGAGGAGCCGGUGGAGGCCGAGCCAGAGGAGCCAGCCGAGCCGAGGUCCGCAGGCGGGCCCGAGGAACCGGAGAAGGAGAGGGAGGAGGCGCCGGAGGACAAGGAGAAGGAAGAGGAGGCAAGGAAGGCGGCAAGGAGGAAGAAAGGCCCGUUGCGCACCUCUUGGCAGCUGUCCACGGACAGCCGGGGGAAGGAUGAGCGAAAGGGGCCGGAGGAAGAAGCAGAGUACGAGGAGAGCGAAAGGAAGAGUGUGGAAGGAAGCGGGGCGAAAAGCGAGUUCUGGCAGAAAGGUCUGGACGAGAAACCCGAGUACGAGGAUGUGGAAUGGACAGAGGAGGUGCAGAGGCAGCAGGAGCAGCAGCUGCGCUCUGAGCUCUUGGACCAGCACCGCUCCCUGAUGGUGGAGCGGAGCCACUACCAGCGCUACAACACGUACCUGCAGCACAAGAUCUGCCAGGCGCUGCGCAAAAAGAAGGGCCUGGACGCGGCCGAGGUGCCGGACAUGGGCCCGGAGCCCGAGGCCCCAGAGAAAGAGCACGCGUACAUCAGCUACCUGGCCGUGCUGGAGGAGCUCAGGAAGCAGCGGGCUGACGACCUGGCCUGGUAUCACCAGGAGCUGGGCCAGCUGAAGCAGCAGUGCAAGGAGAACCUCUCCAGGGUGGAGAAGGAAUGGCGAAGAUUCCAGGCGCUCAAGAAGCAGGUGGUGAUGCAGGCCAUGGGCAGCUGUCGGAUGAGGGGCGGUCGCCAGGCCGCUCUGCGAGAGGUGGAGCAGCUCCAGGCUCUGGAGGAGAAGAAGGAGAAGGAGAUGAGCGCUGUGCGGCUAGAGAAUGUGCAACUGAAGCAGAGCCUGGUGCACUUUGAAACCAGGAUGAGGGCGCAAGAGGACACCACUGAGGGCCUGCUCCUCAUUGAUUUUGAACAGCUUAAGAUUGAGAACCAGACGUUCAAUGAGAAAGUUGAGGAGAGAAAUGAGGAGCUUUUGAAACUGCGCAACAAAGUGGACAACAAUGUGCAAAUAAUUACCCAUGUGAAAGAAAUGUUACACUUUGUGGAUAUCGAGAAUGCACGCAAAAACUCACAGCUUUUGGAAGUUGACAGUCAGGUAGCCCUAAGGAGGGACAUCUUGACCAAGACUAAACAAGCUCGGGACAGCCUGCGGAUUGACAACAUCAAACUGAAUCAGAAGUGUGGGCUUCUGGGCAAGGAGUCACUCCUUCGGGACAUGGAAGAGAAAGCGGGCAAGAUUGAACUGCUCAAGGAGCGCCUCGAAUCUCUGAAGCGCCACCAUGCUGGGCUCACUCUGUCCUGCAGAGGCAUGAGGCAGAAGAUCCGGGAAGCCAAGGCCUUCCUCCCCUCCUGACAGCAGCAGACCAGCUUCAUCCUCGGCAAGCGUCACCCUUCGUUAACUUUCAUUCUCCACUUUUUGCCCUUCUUUAAGGCCUGUGAUAUUUAGGAUGGAACUACAUUUUGUGUUUAUCUCAUAAAUUUUCAGCUUCCCACUGGGGACUGAGCACAGAAUUUUGUUAGCAGUCAGUUUUAUACGGGGCGAAGUAAAAUAGGCCCAGAGAAACAAACGAGAGGUAAUGCACUGGAUUUGACUCCUCGUAAAAAGUUGUCAAAAGCCUUUUUGUAUCUGAGCAAUUCCAUACUUUCAGUGACAUGAUACCCAGGAGAACAGUUCCUCCUCCACACACGGGAGGGUUCAACUGAUGUGUAGGGUGUCCCCAGACUUUCUGUACCAUUAAAUCCCUUUGAAUUCAUUAAAACCAUGUAGCCUGUGUUAGCCCUGAUUCAAAGCUCUUUAAUUCCCUUAGAUUAACCUAAAGUUGUUUUAUUUGUGAGUAGCCCAGCUUCUUGGGCAAUAAAAAAUAGCCAGCAAACUGGGGAGCUAGUGUCCCUCCAUCCCCCUUUUUUCAGUGAAAGGAGGCUCAGUCUGCGUAACCACUGAUGCUUGUUUCUGCCUCAGCGACAGUCUUCAAUUCUCGUGCAACAUUUUCUUGGAUCCCCUGAAGGAAUGUGUUGGUCUGUACCAAUACAUGGAUGGCGGUUUGUUUCCUAGUGGAAAUAACGAUGGCUGUGUUUUGCCAGGUGCCAGAUAUCUGGAGUGGUGACUGCCAUCCGCGAGCCGUUUGUUUUCAGCAGGGCGGCAGCACCUCGCUGGGCACGUGAUUUACUCCGUGGCCAACAUUCAAGCGUUGUUGCUCCUGUGCUAGUGCCGGGAACACCCGACAGGUCUGCCUCCUCAACUCAGUCAUCGGUGGACGUUUUCAGUUUUCUUUGAUGCCUUUGGAGCUGGAGGCUUGGCUUCAUCUCUCCUCAGUCCGAGAUUAAAUUUGAGGUCUGCAGAUUUGGGGGUAAAAGUAUUCUCCUAUCCCUAAGCUUAAGGGGAUCACAAGAAGGGCAAGCUAUUCCCAUCUGUUCUUUGGUGCCAAAUAGCUGUUAAGAGCUGGCAGAAGCCCCACCCUAGACCGAUGGUUCUGCUGGUCGUGAGCAUGUCACAGUGGCCCUUUGAUGAUUUUGUUCUCUAACCUGUUUUUGCUUUCAUGCUGAUAAAGGUUGAUUAAAGUUCCUUUCCACAUCCUACACCUUGAACACACUUUACGGGAGUCAUGCAUGUCUCCCACCGGG